UGGCAUUGAGGGCGGCGGCUGCAGGGCCCGGCGGGGAGCGAGGGUCCGGGAGCGGGCCACCAGACCCCACCAGGAGGCCAGGGCCGGGGGUGGUGAGGCCCUCCUCGCCAGGGCCUCGGCGGUGCGAUGGAGUAAAGGAAGUCGAGUGCAAGUGAAGUCUUCUGCUCCAGUCACUAUGGUACGAAAACGAAAAUGUAUAUUGUGUCAUACUGUAUACAGCUCAAAAAAGGAAAUGAAUGAACAUGUGCGGAGCAUGCUGCAUCAUAGAGAACUUGAAAACUUGAAGGGAAGGGACAGUGACCAUGAGUGCCGGGUGUGCCGGGUGACAGUGGUGGGCUUGUCAGCUUAUGCAAAACAUAUUUCCAGCCAGUUUCACAAGGAUAAUGUUGAUGCUCAGGAAAGAGAAGAAGAUGGAAAAGAAGAAGAGGUGGAAGAAGAAUACUUUGACAAAGAGCUCGUUCAGCUAAUAAAACAAAGGAAUGAACAAAGCGAUGAAGCAUCUGUUUCUGGCCAAGAAAUAAACUCUGAUGACAGACGACAGUGGCGAAGAGAAGACCGAGGAGCUUACCAAGAGAGAGAUGUUUAUGAUCAGCCAUCGUGGCACCAUCGUGCACCACUUCAGCGGGAUUGGAAGUGGGAGAAGGAUGGCUUCAAUGGUGGUCGGAAAAAUAACUUUCCACAUUCCUUGAGGAAUGGUGGUGGACCAAGAGGACGUUCUGGGUGGCACAAAAGUGGUCCAGGGGCAACUUCAAAUUGGUAUCACAACCACAAUAAUUCUGGAGGUGGUUGGCAUCCAAACAAUGGAACAGUAGAUUGGCAUCAUGGUGGUACAGGAAGGAAUUCCAACUGGCAUUCUGAAGGAACAGAUGGUUUUUGGCACAUGAACAACAGUAGUGGAAACUGGCAAUCCAAGGCACGAGGUACAAAAAGUUGGAAUUAUAGUGGCCCUGGAGACAUAUUUCAGCCUGGGAGAAACAGGAAUUCUAACUGCCAAAUUGAUGACAUGACCAUGUUAUGGAACAAGAAAUCUAAUAAAUUAAAUAAGUAUAAUCAAGGGAGAUAUACACGGCAAAGGCAAGAGAAUAGAGGUCCUACUAAAGAUGAUAAUGAUUACCUAUUAGAUUUUACAAGUGAUAAGCUUCCUUCAGAGGGCUUACUUGACUUCAGCACUUCUGAGCAACCUGAAAGUCAAACCUCUAAGCAAGCAGAAAUUAUAGUACCUAAGAUGAGUGGAAAGAGUGGUAAUGUAUCAAAGGAUAAAAUACAUCGCUGGACUCUUUACCCCUCCCCCAAAAUUGUAGAGCCACAACAACCAGGGUUGAAGGAAGCAACUGCUAAAAAGUCAGAGGUGGUAGAUGAACCUCCUUUUCUUUUUCACCUAAUAACUGCUUGUGGGAAAGAUCCCAAGACUAAUAAUACAGAUAAUUCCACAAAGCUGAAAACACAGAAAGAAAACCAGUCGGGGUCCUUUGAUCACAAGGUCACUUCUGAUCACACUGUUUCUAGUGAGGCAAUGACCACUUGCCCGUCUAGAGUAAUACCUGAACAGGAGAACAGUUCACAUAAAAUGCCAUCACUAAAGUCUCCACUCCUUCCAUUCCCAAACACUAGAUCCUCAUCUCAAAAACAAGAUUCAAAGAACCUCUCGAAAAAUACAAAACCUUUGUCUGCAACUCCUGGAGAAUGUCAGAAUCACUCAAAUACACUUAGCUUAGAAGACAACCAGAAUUCCUCUUAUGUAUCUAAACUACGUAGUUCUUGUUCUUGUGUAUUAAAAGGAAAUAAAACUGUGCUUGAUGGGACUCAGAAAGAGCCUGUUGACAAUUUAAGUGAAAUCUUGAAGAAAGGUAAGGAGGUGUUGAAAUGUAGUCAGCCCCUACAAAAUCCACUCCUGAGCAAUGCCAAAAGUAUCAGGAGCUCUGCAUCAGAAAGUAAGAAUGGGGAAGAGUCUGUGAAAGGCUCUUUGAACACUGAGCUUCAAGAAUGUGCACCAGAAGAUAGAGGUGAAGCAGAGCUAUCAGAUCUUGAAAAACAUGGUGCAAAAGUCGAAAAUCUUGGUCCCUUAAAUCCCAAAGGUUCACUUUGUGGCGCUUUAGAAUGUGAACAUCCUGUAACUGAGAAAGAGAGAGAUGACAAAACUAAUAAAACAACUGAGAAAUGCUCUAUUAAUUCAGAUGGCUCCACAGUUCACCACAAAGAAUCAGAGUUUCAAAUGGAGUCUGCAGCAUCUGCAGGUAGUCCUCAGUCAGGCUUACUGCUAGACUUGAAAACAUCAUUGGAAGAUAUCCAGAUUGAAGAACCUGUCAAAUCAGGUUUGCCUUUUGAAACAGAAAGCUUUGAGAGCAGUAAUUUGGAUGUUGACCUCCAGAAAGGAGGCACAAGGCAACCUUCAGGCUCUCUGCUUCCUGAACUAAGCAAACUUGGUUUUCCUGCCUCUCUCCAGCGAGAUCUAACCCGGCACAUCAGUUUGAAAAGCAAACCUGGGGCUCAUCUUCCUGAGCCCAAUCUCAAUAAUGCACGCCGCAUUCGAAGUGUUAGUGGCCAUCGAAAGAGUGAGACAGAGAAGGAGUCAGGACUCAAACCAACUCUAAGGCAGAUUCUGAAUGCUUCUCAAAGAAAUGUCAACUGGGUACAGGUCAUUCAGCAGGUAACCAAGAAGAAGCAGGAGCUGGGCAAAGGUUUACCCAGGUUUGGCAUAGAGAUGGUACCAAUAGUUCAGAAUGAGCAGGAAGUGUUGGAUUUGGAUGAGGAACCUGACCUGUCCAGUUUAGAAGGUUUCCAGUGGGAAGGUAUUUCCAUUGCUACAUCACCUGCACUGGCAAGAAAACGUAGUCUUUCUGAGAGCAGUGUGAUCAUGGACAGGACUCCCUCCAUGUACAACUUCUUCACUGAGCAGGCUACAGGAAAGGAAAAUGAACCCCAGCAGAUUGUUCCACCCAGUAAUUCACUGCAGACAGCUCAAGGUCAGAAAGCAAACGUGAACUUUAAACAGGACAUGAUGCCUCUGGCUUCCUCCUCCAGGGCAGGCGAAAGGGUUGAAAGUGUUGCCACUCGAAGGAGGCAUAGUGCCCAGUUGCCCCCUGACCAAAUGAUAUCCUUGAUGCGCUCUGCCAGACAAGAAGAACUGAACAGGCAGGAGAGCUCAACACCUCUUUCUGAGAAUCAAAACACUCAGGAAAGUAAUGGAGAAGGGAACUCGUUAUCGUCUAAUGCCUCCUCAGGUCUUGGCAUCUCUAGUUUGGUGGAUGCUGCUACAGACAGCAGUUGUACCUCUGGGGCGGAGCAGAAUGACGGCCAGGGCCUCCGGAAGAAGCGCAGGGCAACUGGAGAUGGAUCUUCACCUGAGCUUCCAAGUCUGGAAAGAAAGAAUAAAAGAAGGAAAAUUAAAGGCAAAAAAGAACGUUCUGAGGUUGACCAACUGCUGAAUAUUUCUUUACGGGAGGAGGAGCUGAGUAAAUCCUUGCAGUGUAUGGAUAACAACCUUCUGCAGGCCCGGGCAGCCCUUCAGGCAGCUUUUGUGGAAGUCCAGAGACUCCUUAUGCUGAAACAACAGAUAACGAUGGAGAUGAGUGGCCUGAGGACCCACAGAAUACAGAUUCUACAAGGAUUACAAGAAACUUAUGAACCUCCUGAGCGGACAGAACAGGUCCCCUGCAGCCCUUCCCGUGAGCGAAAGAGCAGAUCUCAGACAGCUGCUGAUCCCCCUCCUCUGCCUAGUCCUUUUUUCCCUCUCUUUUUGGAGACUCCCCCUUCCCAUAUAUCACCAUCUGCCCCUGGAGUGCCACUUUGGGUGUGCACACCUCCUGCUUUCCAGGCUCCUGGGAGUAUCACAUGCCCAGCUCCAGACUCAUCAGUGCAGAUUAAACAAGAGCCCAUGUCUCCUGAGCAAGAAAAUGUGAAUGCUGUGCUACAGGAUUCUGCCUGCAGUGCUUCUGAGGAAUUGCUACAAACGAAUAGUAUGUCAGUCAGCUUUCUUCUGCAUUAAGGAUAGAUAAUCUUAAGGAAGGGAAAUAGGGCCACA